AUGUUUGGAACACGUAGUAAUAAUAGUAAUGGUAGCAACCCAUUUAGUGGUGGUGCAGCUGCUUCAAAGACUGGUGGAUUAAAGGAUAUGUUGGCAUUGUAUUCUGCACCAUCAUCUGCUACUACCACUCCAACUACAACACCAAAUACAUCUACUUUUGUACCAUCUUCAUCAUCAAAGCAACAAGAUUCUGCUACUCCAAUAAUAGUAGAAGAAAACAAAGUAGUAGAACAGAUUGUUACAACUGUAGCAGAUGAAAAUAAAACAGACAUUACACCUGUUGUACAACAACAACAACCAUCUGCUAUUACUACACCUGUCAAAUCAACAUCAUCAGUGUCAACAUUGUCAUCUGCUGGUGAUCUAUCAACUUCACCAUUGACUCCACUCAAUCAAAGAGUACUCAACUCUCCACCACAAAGUUCAUCAUCUGACGAAUACGAUGAAGAACAUAUGAAAGUAUUAUCAAGAUCACCAAGUAGUCCUAAUUUUAAAAAUCCAAAAAACAAGGUAUUAAAACAUAAAAGAGUUAGAAAUAUGGUUAAUCAAUUGCCAACUAUUAAAUCUAUGGAUGAUGUUGUAAAACUUCAAGAAGAAAUUACAGAGAAUAGAGACAAGAUUUCCAAUCUUCAACAACAAUUACAAGUUUCUCAAAAGGAAAAAGGAGAUGUUGAGAGUGAAAAGUUGGAAUUGUUGGAAAAGUUGAGAUUGGUAGAGGAAAAGCAAAAAAAUGCCGAUCAAAAGGUAGAAGACAGUAAAGAUAGAUUGGAGGAGAUGACCAAACAACUCAGUACUACCAUUGAAAAUAUGAAUCAAACAUUUGAGGUUAGAUUGGCAUCAGUCACCACUGAAAAAGAACAAUCUGAAAAAUAUAGUUUACAAUCACAAUCAUUACUUCGUGAUCAAUUGUGUCAAUUACAUACUCAAAAUGAAACUUCAAAGAAAAUGGUUGAACAAUUAGAAAAUGAAAGAAAACAACAAAUUGAAAAGAUUCAAAAACAUGAAGAUAAAAUCAAAGAAUUAAAUAGUGAAGUAGAAUCUACAAAAUCAAAUCAUAUGGAUACAGUUCAAGAUUUGGAAUCAACCAAAGAAGCCUUUGGAAAUGUUAAAAAAGAUUUCUUUUAUUCAACAUGUUUGGCAAUUAAACUUAAUCUUGUAAUGCUUGAUAUUCCAAUUAGUAUAAGUACACAAGAUCUUUGGGACGAAGCAGAGUCACAACAAAUUUCACCAAAUAGAUUUGUAGACUUUAUCAAUGAAAAGAUUAAAGCUUCCAUUCCUCCAUCACUUCCACCAUCACCAGUACUUACAUCAACUACUUCAACCAACGCAUCAAAUAAUAAUAAGAAAGUUCAAAAGAAAAAGAAAUAA